CUCCCCACAGAAAUCGCGCGGUGUGUGGGUUUUGCGCUUCUUGCUGAAGAACACCUCGCCGUUGCAAUGGCACCCAGGUAUCCACUACAAGACACAUGCCUGGCUGUGAUUUACUUCACGCCAGCUCUUGCCUCUGUUUUCGUCGCUUUACGGAUAUACACAAGACGGAAGCUGAACCUUCGGCUCGGUUGGGAUGACUGGCUUAUCAUAUUCCCAACUUUGCUUUCAAUAGCCCUCAUCGGGCCUUCAUACAAACAUGUCAAGAUGUGGCAUGUUGGCAUACACAUUGUUGAUGUUCCGCCGAACGAGAUAGAACCGAACUAUGAUGAAUACUAUUCAGUUUUGAUGGCAUUCAAUCUACUGAACAUACCGAUAUUGCCUCUUGUCAAAGCCUCCAUUAUUCUGCUUCUUCUCCGCGCCGGCUCAGUCAUCGAAUGGCUGAAGAAGGUGCUUUACGCCAUCCUGAUUCUUACCAUUGGAAGCACUUUCAUCCCAUGGUGCAUGUAUAUCUUCAUCUGUCCACCACAGACAGGGAACACAUGGAAGCCUCGAACCUUUGGAAACCUCAAAUGUCUGGACCGCCACCGCAUGGGCGAGAUGAUGAUAUGGGUGACAUGCGCCAAUCUGCUCACCGACCUUCUCAUCUUCCCAAUCCCCUUCAUCAUUGUGCGCAGGAUGAUGAGUGCGCGCAUUCGGUCACGUUUGGUGGUGCUUGCUGUCUUCACGUCCAGUUUAACCGUGACGGCCAUUGGUGGUGCCAAAAUCUACCUAACGUACCGCGACCGUCUCUACACCGAGUUCAAACCCGAUUGGACAUACCCUAUCGACUACUGCAUCAAUCACAUCGAAAACAACGUCGCCAUCAUCGUGGCCAACAUUCCCAUACUGCGAGGACUCGUGACUCGUUGGGUCUUCAACUUCAAAACCAAAGCGACUCCGAUGGAGCGUGAGUUUCGGAGUGAAUGGCAAUGGAGCACCAGCUCCGAUGAGUCUACAGUCACUCGCGUGGCACGCCGAAGCCGGCUCACACAGAAGAUCAUGCCAUGCGUCGACGACGACUUCUCCUCCUCUCUCGCCCGCUCAAAGGACGUCCGCGACCCAACUCUCCCCCCGCGCAUCGUCCCCGCCGACUUCAGAAAGAAAAACCUCUCCUUCAAGCCCAAAUCGCGCAAGCCAUCACGGCGAAACAGCGUCGACACUUAUGCAGAAGCCGACUGCUGUGAGAAGGGCGACGUUCUAGAGACUGUAAGAAGCGUUGGAAGCAUGGAAGCCCCGACGCUGGUGGAUAGUCGAAAGGACUUUGAGUGGCGGUUGAGCGGAGCCAGCCUCAUGUCGAGCCCGAGGAGAUUUUCGAGUCCACCUUUGAGCCCGGUAACUAUGAUGAGUCCCUGCGUUUUGAGGGAGGUGGAGGAUGAGGAUGAGAUUCUGAGAUACCCAUGAUUUUCUGUUCCAAAGUUACCUUCCUUUUGUUCCCAACCAUGACUUGCAUAGCAUAGCGUUACGGCAUUUGACAUGCUCUACGAACAUUCUAAAAUCCUACAUACGUAUAUCUACGAUUCAAUCAAUCUAUUCGAUUCACACAGUAUUUCAAUUCCUCUGCCUUUGAACAAACUUGGUGCUUCUCCGUCACACCUCUUCCUGGCACCUCGGGCCGCAUGUCCUCCUCCCUCUCCCCCACAUAUUAUGUACCUUGUGACGGGAAUCCGGGGUACCUACUGUACACAUUCAUUGACUUUUACCAUCCACACGCAGGUCUACAUGCCUGUUUUGAGAACGUAGAAGCCGUCCGUUCAGAACGUGACUUCUUGAUUGACGUGGGUAGUGAAUAUUCUAUAGGUCCAAUACCAAAAAAACUCGAUUCUGUGCAUUACCACGUUCGCAUCACCCAUGCAUGAUGUAGGCAUAUUUCGUGUGUCCCUGGUGCGACCACCCUCGCAGCACGAGAUUUCCUUUGCGCCGAAGAAGGAAAGAAGAAAGGAGGAAAAUGCCAUGUUGCAAUGAAUAUGCGCUCCUUCGCAUCACAUAGGUGUGUUCC